AUGAAUAAUAACGAUGCUUCUCUUGAGGCGAUUCGGGCUGCCUUGGGUGCCAGUGCCCAUCUCCUCCAACAUCUCCCGAGCGACAAGGUCAGAAUCAAGUCCUUCGAUCCCAAAAAGGGAGACCGCCCCAAUACUAUGCCCUUUCGUAUGCUCUUCGGCCAGAUCAAAGAGGGACAAGACAAGGACAGCACUGUGUGGAUAUUGCUACAGCACAACCACUCUGCUGACCGCUCACCCUGUCACUUCUUCAACAUUUUCGAUCGCUUCGACUCUAUCGUAGGGCAGAUCAGUAUGGAGGGUGCUGUACGGCGCACGAAUCCAACGGCUCCUUUCAAAUGUCUCAAGAAAUCAGGCGACAUAGAUGAAGAUCAACUGCGGGCAGUAACCAAAUACUACUUCAUCUCGAAAGAAGUGAAUACGUCUUCUCCAUGGACAGUUGGAUCUCACUUCAUAAAGUCGCUCACGGCAGCAUGUAUAUUGGCGAGAGAGUAUGGAGUAAAGGUGGCUGCGAACCAGGAGAGGGAAAAGAGUCGAGAGGCAACUGCCCAGAAGGUAUGCGGAAUCAAAUUGAAGCUCCAGCCUUCGGCAGCCAGACCCAGGGUAGUGAAGAAAUGCGAUAUCAACUUGAGUGUCCGGCCUCCGGCAUCCAAGUCCUGUGUAGGAGAAGAUAAGGGUGUCUCGGUCAAGCUGGGUGAAGGAUCAGCGAGCAUCACUUCAUCAGUCACUAGGGUUACUACUCCUCUCAUCACCAAGGCUAGGAGGACUCCGCAGCCUCCGAAACCGCAACGCGCUCCCAUAGCCUCCAUGAUGCCCUCAACUCAAGAAUCAUCUGAUUCAUCUGACUUGUUCAUUCCAGAGAAUGGCCAUGUCAAGGCUGCUUUCGAGCCCUCCGUCAAUAACACCCGAGUCAAGAUUCCGGACAUCUCCACAGUCCCAAAAGCCAUGAUAGGUCCAUCAUACCAUACGCCUCCGCUUUAUACAACGGCCAAUAUCUCUGAUGCUUCAAAUGUCAACAAACACUGCGAUUCUCUCAUCCACUCAGAUUCAGACAGGACGAAUAAUGACAGCGCAACCAUGGACACUUCAAGGUCAACGCCUGCGCACACAGAAUCUAGAGAGAGCGAGAAAAGCCCCAACUCCCAGUCGCCCGACAACUUCGUAUCCGCUUAUCGAAAGCAUACCAGGGACAGAGACGCUAUCAAAAACGAGAUCAAGGCCAUUGAGCGAGAGCAGAAGGCUGUACAGGAGGCAAUGGAAGCUAAGUUGGCCGAUCUUGAGGUUAGGAAACAAAAGCGGAAGGAAGAGCUUCGGUCGACCGGAGUCGCAAAGAAGCGCCUUCGGGAGUCACUCUCUGAGAUGGAGCGCGGGCUGCUGGUACUUGGAAUGGAACUUGCGGAGAAAAGGUUGAAGCGGUUGAAGACAAAUGCACAGUCAGAAGAAGGCACCAGUGAGGAUGAGGACUAG